UGCAACGUGUCCAUUCCUUUUCCCGCCCAAUUUUGGUGUGGCCAACACUCUCGGCGCAGGUGGACAGAAAAAGCACAUCUUUAAGUGUGCGAGCACGCGGAUAGCCCUUUCGUUAAGGUAACGGCCAGGAAGCACUCUUAUUAAUUAUUUUCUGUGAGAAGUGCCCAUUUUAGUUGUAAGAUAAACACUAACAAGACCAAAACGGAGACUACAGCAUCAUGAUUUGAAUUCUAUUAGUGACGCCAACUGUUUCUAAAAUGUCAUAGUCCGAAGAACAAGAAACUUAGAUGCUUUCUGCAGACCAAGCUAAAACACGGUGAUGAGGGUCUUUCCGUUUUGUAAGAUAAACCUCCCUCCAGUCAGUCAGCAUCGGGUGUCCCACUUUAUCUUUGGCCACACCUUCUAACUGUUGUGAGAAAGUGGCAGACGAACAUUUUGACAGACUGAGACGAGACAUUAGUGUGUAAAAGAUGCACUACUGGAGACUAGUAAGCAAAGGUAACAGGAAUCAUCAGAAAUAGACUGCCAAGAUCGAAGGGAAGUUGUGACUAAUUUUUCCUUCCUUUUCUGUAUGUUCGCAUUGAGUUUUCUAGUUUAAGUUUGUGAUUGAUGUCAGAAGAAUCCCGAAUUCAUGGAGAUUAACAGUAAAAUCCUUCCUAUAACUGUACUUUUAUUACUUCAAGACAUCAUUGCAAGUGAAGAUGUUGACAUUCGAUCCAGUUGCAGAACUGCUCCAAGUGAUCUUGUUUUCAUUUUAGAUGGCUCAUACAGUGUUGGACCUGACAACUUUGAAAUUGUCAAGAACUGGCUUGUUAACAUUACCACUAGUUUUGAUAUUGGGCACAAGUUCACGCAAGUGGGAGUUAUCCAGUACAGUGAUGACCCACUUCUCGAAAUCCCUUUGGGUGAGCAUGAUUCUACCGAUGCACUCAUUGAGAAAAUGGAAUCAAUAGUAUAUUAUGGUGGAAAUACCAGAACAGGGAUAGCCAUAACCUUUGCUGUAAAUAGUAUGUUUGAGAAGUCUACAAGAGCUGGAAAUGGCAUUGCAAAAAUAGCUGUUGUGCUUACUGAUGGUAAAUCCCAGGAUGAAGUGAAGGAUGCAGCAGAAGAAGCCAGACGGAACAAAAUAACAUUGUUUGCUAUUGGAGUUGGUUCAGAAGUAGAACAUAAUGAACUUCGAACAAUUGCCAAUAAACCUUCAUCUACUUAUGUGUUCUAUGUAGAAGAAUACCUAGCAAUAUCUAAAAUUAGGGAAGUGAUGAAACAGAAAAUUUGUGAAGAGUCAGUCUGUCCAACAAGGAUUCCUGUGGCUGCUCGAGAUGAAAAGGGUUUUGACAUUCUUCUUGGUCUAAGUAUAAAGAAAAAAGCUACCCCAAUGAUAGGUUCAACACCCAACAGAAAAGCUUAUGAGGUGACAUCACAGGUGGAUUUGUCUGAAAAUACAAGAGAUGUGUUUCCCGAAGGCCUUCCUCCAUCAUAUGUUUUUGUUUCAACACUGAGAUUCAAAAUUAAGAAGAAGUGGGACUUAUGGAGAAUUUUGGCUCUUGAUGGAUCUGUCCAGGCAGCUGUUACAAUUAAUGGAGAAGAUAAUACUGUACUCUUUACUACAACAUGCCUUCAAAAUGGCACACAAACUAUUAAGUUUUCUGCUCCAGCAACAAAGAAACUCUUUGAUGAAGAGUGGCAUCAGAUUCGAAUUUUGGUAACAGAAGAAGAUGCUACUUUGUAUUUGGAUGACAAGAAAAUUGAAAGAAAGCCAUUAGCUCCUGUCAUAGGUAUUUACAUAAGUGGAAAGACUGAAAUAGGACGAUUUUAUGGAAGAGAAGAUAUAGUUCCAUUCCAAGUGCAGAAACUAAGGAUUUAUUGUGAUCCAGGACAAAACGAACGAGAAACAGCCUGUGAAAUUCCAGGAACUAAUGGAGAGUGUGCGAAUGACCCCAGAGAUGUUCUUUAUACGCCUGUUCCAUGUACUUGUCCUCCAGGAGAACCUGGUCCACCAGGUCCAAAGGGAAGUUCAGGACAACCUGGACAGCCUGGAGAAGCCGGACCUCCUGGUACAGAUGGUAAGCCUGGAGUCCCUGGAAUAAAUGGAAAACCUGGAAUUCCAGGUUCACCAGGUGUUCAGGGUUCAGAAGGCUUGGCCGGCUACCCAGGGAGACCUGGAAGAUAUGGUGAAAAGGGAGAACAAGGAUUUCCAGGACUACAAGGACCACCUGGACAAGCAGGAAUAAAGGGAAGAGAUGGUGAGAAAGGAAACAGAGGGCAACCAGGAUAUAAUGGGCGCAAUGGUAUAAAAGGUGAAAAAGGAUCCAUGGGAUUUCCGGGACCACAAGGACCUCCAGGACUUCCUGGUGUACCUGGACUAGAUGGCAUACCUGGAACACCUGGUGAUAAGGGAGAAGCUGGAAAUCCUGGCAUCCCAGGGCAUGAUGGACUGCAAGGGCUGCCUGGAAUGCGUGGUCUUCCUGGACAAAUUGGACCUAACGGGCAAAAGGGAGAAACUGGACUGCCUGGACAAAAAGGACUCCAAGGCCCACCUGGAUUGCUUGGUGACAUAGGACCACAAGGAUUACCAGGCACUUUGGGGAUUCCAGGAAAAAAGGGAGCAAAGGGUGAACCAGGACAUUAUGGAAAACCAGGACCUGCUGGAACUGCGGGUAAGCAUGGAGAACCGGGUAUACCAGGGCAACCAGGACAUAUGGGCUUGCCUGGAAUUAAGGGUGAAAAGGGUAAUCAAGGAAGUAAGGGUGAGCCUGGAUUACAGGGUCAAAACGGAAAGGAUGGAAUCCCUGGACCACCAGGACAGCAGGGAUCUUAUGGAAUAAAUGGUCAAAAGGGUGAGAAAGGUGAAAGGGGACCAGCAGGAGUAAAUGGCCUUGAUGGCUUAAGGGGAGAGCAUGGUGAUCCCGGCCCAACUGGACUUUUAGGACCAAGAGGAAUACAAGGAGAAAGGGGCUUUCCUGGUCCUCCAGGGCCACAAGGGAUUUCAGAUAAUGGAUUUUCAGAAGAAUUUAUCCGGCAAGUGUGCAUGGAUGUAGUAAGAAGUCAGGUUUCACAUUUGCUACAGAAUGGAAGAAUGCAAGGCUGUGAAAAGUGUCACUCACAACCAGGAUCUCCAGGGCCACCAGGAACAGCAGGUGAACCAGGCCCAAGAGGAUUUCCAGGUUUACCAGGAAGAGAUGGACGGUCAGGGAUCAUUGGUUUUCCUGGAUUUCCAGGUCAGCCUGGAAUGAAAGGAGAGCCAGGUGAAACAGGAACAAAAGGUAGUGCUGGACAUGGAGAUCCUGGAUUACAAGGCCCCUCAGGACCACCAGGUCUUCCAGGACCUCCAGGAGUUGGCAAAAAUGGACAGCCGGGAUUACCUGGGUCACCUGGUAAAGAUGGCAGGCCUGGAAAUCCUGGCCAAGAAGGACCACAGGGUCCACAUGGAAUAUGUGAUCCAUCAAUGUGUUAUGGUGUUCCCAUAGGAAGAGAUCCAUUUAGAAAAGGGCCAAAUUAUUAAUAUAAUGGGCAACAGCCAAUUGCAAGUGGUGCUUACCUAAUGAAAAUCUUUCAUUUCUCAGGAAGAUUAGCAAAAAUAUUUCCCUUUUACGGGAACAAUAUACCUCUGUCUUAGCAAUAAUUGCAAUUUACAUGCUCUCAGUAAACUGAUAUUGUCUUGUCAAAUGUAUGAAUAGUAUUGAUCACCUAGGAUCAGAUAUUAUACAGUGAGUGGAAAUACAGCAGACAUGUUUUCUUUGAUACUAAAAAUUGACUCAAGUACCAGUAAAUUUAAUUUUGAUAACAAACAAGUAUUAUUCAUUUGAAUAUCAGUCUGGUCAGCACUAUUGCCAAGUCAAAUAUUUCUACUGUAAUGUAGACCUAGAUACUAUGCAGAUCAAAAAAGAUGGUAUUCAAGGACAAGUGUCAGAAUCAUGCAGGCUGUCUCCAGUUUAAAUAUGAGACAUAUACAGCAGCUGUUACAGGAUACCAAGGGACUCUACAAUCCAUUUUUAAGUGGUGACAUGUAGUCCUGCCUCUCAAUCUUGUGAGCAUGUAACACAUCCAGCAUGUAGAGGUAUCUGUAUUCGCACCAAAUAUCUUUUCAUUGCUGUCUUUUGUCUC